AGUGUUUUAUCAGUUAAUGAAGUUUCAAUUCUCCUCUGUUUUGAGUUGAGUUUGUUGAGAGUCGAUUCUCUCAAUUUAUCUCUGUAUCUUAGGUAUCAAGAUGGACCCCAGUAAGAUUGAUGCUAUUGUCAACUGGCCUACACCAACAUUGAUGCAUGAUGUUCGAAGCUUCCAUGGCCUGACAUCUUUUUACCGGAGAUUCAUCAAGAAUUUUAGUUCUAUUGUUGCCCCAAUCACUGACAGCCUUAAGGUGUUAAGUCAAGAAGGUCGACCCAUUGCCUUCUUCAGUGAAAAGUUGAAUGACACAAGGCUUAGAUAUUCCACCUAUGACAAGGAAUUCUAUGCAAUUGUUCGAGCCUUGGAGCAUUGGAGUCAUUAUCUUCUUUCCAAAGAAUUCAUCUUGCACUCUGACCAUGAGGCAUUGAAGCACCUGAAUUCUCAACAGAAGAUCAGUCGUCGACAUGCUACUUGGACAACAUUUAGCAAGCCACUUCUAAUCAAGCCUUUCAGCAAUAUCAUCGCCAGCAAGAUUACCUCUUCAAGGGUAACCGACUAUGUGUUCCACGUUGCUCACUCCGAGAUUCAAUUAUCUGGGAAGCACAUAAUGAAUGUCAUUCGUCACAUUCAAAGAUGCAAAGUUUGUCACCAAGCCAAGACAAUCAAUCAGAACACAGGGUUGUAUCUGCCAUUGCCUAUCCCAACAUCACCUUGGGAAGAUGUUAGUAUGGAUUUUGUCCUUGGUCUACCACGAACUCAACGAAGCAAGGAUUCUAUCAUGGUCGUGGUUGACAGAUUUUCUAAAAUGGCUCACUUUAUUGCUUGUCAGAAAACUAAUGAUGCUUCUCUCAUUGUUGAGUUAUAUUUUAGAGAGAUUGUGCGUCUACAUGGAGUUCCAAAGACCAUCACUUCAGAUAGAGAUGUGAAGUUCAUGAGUCAUUUUUGGAGGACUUUAUGGAGAAAGAUGGGCACUCAACUCCAGUUUAGUUCUGCUAGCCAUCCCCAAACCGAUGGGCAAACUGAAGCUAUCAAUAAGAUUUUGGGGAAUCUAUUACGAAGUUUUGUGGGAAAAAAUUUGCGACAAUGGGAUCUUGUGCUUGCCCAAGUUGAGUUUGCCUACAACAACUGUUCGAAUCAAGCUACGGGAAAAUGCCCAUUUGAAGUUGUAUAUGGAGUGCGUCCUCUCAGUCCUUUAGAUCUUGCUCCAUUGCCCACAUCUCGACAAUUUAGUGCAGAUGCUGAACAACGAGCUAAGGAGAUCAAGAAACUUCAUGAAGAAGUUCGUGAGAAGCUACAACGUCAAACCAUUAG